CAGAAAUAAAUGAGGAAAACGACCGUGUCAGCCGCCAUACGAGCGUCUGAUGCGGGGAAUACGCUGCGAGAGAUGAAAGUGGACGGUAAUGCAGCGGUUCCCGUGUGUUAAUAGCAAACUUGGGGUAUUCGGGGCCAGCUGACUCGAUGAAGGGAGAGGCGGAAGUGAAGUCACUUGACAGACCGUCCAUGUUAUUAUUGUUAUUUUGGUAGCCCUGUGAUGAGACGGGCUGGGGAGCCGUUGGUCUCCGAGACAACGACCGUUAACGUAACUGCAGGCCGUCCCGCCGGACCGACACCACUCUCACUACCAGCACCACCUCCUCACUGACCCGGAGACAGGAGCCUCGCUGACGGCUGGGGUGGGGGUGGUGGUGGGGGGGGGGGAGUGUGUGAGGACCCAGCUCCAGCUCCAGCUCGGCUCCUACACUCCCGAGCGACCAAAAAUAAAACGGCGACAAAAACAAUAUUCGUCAAACGGCUCGACUGGUGUCUGUGCGGGUUGUAGCAGGGACGUGCCGCAGCAGACAUGAACGGUAUCACCAAGGGCCGGUUCGAGGUGUUCUCAAACAGCGAUGAAGCCCCCAUUAACAAGAAGCUCCCCAAAGAGCUCCUUCUUAGAAUAUUCUCCUAUCUAGAUGUGGUUACACUCUGUAGGUGUGCCCAAGUAUCCAAGGCGUGGAAUGUGCUGGCCCUCGAUGGCAGUAACUGGCAAAAGAUUGACUUGUUCAACUUCCAGACAGACAUUGAGGGGCGGGUGGUGGAGAACAUUUCGAAGCGUUGUGGAGGCUUCCUGAGGCAGCUGAGCCUCAGGGGCUGCCUGAGCGUGGGAGAUGCCUCCAUGAAGACGUUUGCUCAGAACUGCAGAAACAUCGAAGUGUUGAACCUGAACGGCUGCACCAAGAUCACAGACAGCACCUGUCUCAGCCUCAGCAAGUUCUGCUACAAACUCAAACAGCUGGAUCUCACCUCCUGUGUGUCCAUCAGCAACCACUCACUCAAGGCCCUCAGCGAUGGCUGCAGAAUGCUGGAGAUGUUGAACCUGUCAUGGUGUGACCAGAUCACACGUGACGGCAUUGAGGCUCUGGCUAGAGGCUGCAAUGGUUUACGAGUACUGUUCCUCAGAGGCUGCACACAGCUGGAAGACGGAGCAUUGAAACACCUUCAGAAAUACUGCCCAGAACUCACCACCAUCAAUAUGCAGUCUUGCACGAUAACAGAUGAAGGACUGGUCAGUCUGUGCCGAGGAUGCCACAAGCUACAGAUCCUUUGUGUGUCUGGCUGCGGUAACAUCACUGAUGCCUCGCUCACUGCAAUGGGACUCAAUUGUCCCCGACUCAAGAUCCUUGAAGCGGCACGAUGCUCCCAUGUUACAGACGCUGGGUUCACUGUGCUGGCCAGGAAUUGUCAUGAACUUGAAAAAAUGGACUUAGAAGAAUGUAUUUUGGUGACAGAUAACACCCUGGUUCAGCUGUCUAUCCACUGCCCUCGCCUGCAAGCCCUGUCCCUGUCCCACUGCGAGCUGAUCACAGACGAUGGCAUUCGAGCUCUUAGCAGCAGUACCUGUGGCCAAGAGCGCCUCACCGUGGUGGAGCUGGACAACUGCCCCCUCAUCACUGAUGUGACCCUGGAGCACCUGAAGAGCUGCCAUCGUCUGGAGCGCAUUGAGCUCUACGACUGUCAGCAAGUCACCAGGGCUGGCAUCAAACGCAUCCGGGCCCACCUUCCAGAGAUCAAGGUCCACGCCUACUUUGCCCCAGUGACACCCCCUCCCUCUGUACAUGGAGGUGGCCAGCGUCUGUGCCGCUGUUGCAUCAUCCUCUGACAGUGGAGGGCCAGGGGGGGCCACCUCUGUCUGCAGGUCCUGCUGCUCUGAUAUGGGCUAAAAUGGGAUGGGGGAAGGGGGAUGACUGGGGUAGGUGUAGGGGAGAGGAGGGGCUGGACCCACUCACUGCUCCUGAUCACUGAUCAAUACACAGACUGGUCGCCCCUGAUCAGUUGAACCCGCCCCUCCUCUCUCUUCUUGCUCACCAAUAAGGAUUGCAGCAGCCUCGGGUUUGGGCGUGGAGGGGUGGGUGGAAAGAACGUGGAUGGAUGGACUCUCUCUUUUUCUCUCUCUUUCUAUCUCACUCUCUCUUUCUCACUGUAAAGACAAAAACAGGUUCUCCACUCCAUCCUGCUCCUCACACCCCUGCAUAGAGGACUGCAUAUGGACAGCUGGAGAUGGUGGGGGGAGGGGGUCUGAACAGUGGAACUACAAUGCAUCAUGUUCAAAAAAAAAAAAAAAAAAAAAGACGAUAAUGUCAUCUC